AUGUCCCAGAGGCCAGCGUACGAUCAGACAUUGCUGGCUGGAGCUCCCUCGGUCACGCGCGAGGAGCGCCAGGCUGGAUAUGAUAUUAAUGCACUUGAAUCUGGCAAUUACGGUGCUCCCAUCGCUUCAGGAAGCCGUCCAGCAGGCACCAGAGCGUACGAAUACCCAACGACAACGGCGGACCCAUUCGCGGACCCAUACGCACAAGAAAGAUCCUUUACGCCUUCUAUCACUCGUUCAACAACCAAGAAACCGUGGUGGACGACGAAGCGAGGGCGCUGGGCUCUCGGUCUAGCCGCCAUUGUCUUCAUUGGCUUGAUCGCGGGGAUUGCAGCAGGUACUGCAGCCGCACGUAAUGCUCGAAAUAGGACUCUAUUGCAAAACAACGAAGCAGCAGAGUCUCCUCAAGGCGCCCAAAGCUCCAGCACUUCACGUGUUCAAGCCCUUCCUUCUUCCUCUUCUACCCCUUUAACCUCUUCUUCCCCCCAGACUACAUCAAAUCCAAUUCUACAACAACCAAAUGACAGUACACCGUUUGUCACACGUACUACCCUGGUCGUAGCUCCCACGCCAGACGUCUCCGUGCUUCCUCCAAACCAAGGAACGACCAUCACCUUUGGAGCACCGCCAGCCCAAACUCCAGGAACAUCGCCCAACAUUGGCGAUGAAGACAUUCCGCUCAUCUGCUACGUGGUCCCUCACAGCAGCGCUUGUGCGCCCUACUUUGAGAAUGGUCGACGAAGAUCAUGA